UUAGCGUUAUGCAUUUUCGUUUGUUUUGAUUUUGAUGCGAAUGGAUUAUCGUAAGAGUGAGUCGGGUGUGAGUUAUUUUAGUUGCUAAUAUAAGAGACCAGUUUUGCUGGCUGUAAGUUAGAUAGGACACGGCAACGACAUUAGCUGGGUGCCACGUUGACAGGUCCUAGAAGUUCAGGGUAUGGUUAUUUUCCUGUCAUAUUUUAUGUAGGACACUGGGAGAAAUAUAACUACUGAAAUUGGAAUUUGUUUGGAGGGCACAUCUUUUUCCUAGCCGUGUGUACGUGGGUGUUUAACAAAACCAGUUUCAACCCGAAGGCGGUAGAGGGUUGCGGGAUUCGGAUAUACGGAGAUCCCUGUGGAUAUUGUGCUACAAUAUGGAAGGGCAUGGUGUAGCUCCGUAGAGAAUAACCCGAAACUUGGGAGGCAUCGGAACCCUGGUGUAUAAUCGGGGGUUGAUAAUACCUCGUGCAACGCUUGCAUGGUGGUCGAUUGUUUUCCGUUCUGGGCGUGCUUAUCGCAAGUUGACGGGAAACCGAAACAAUGUCUUCAGAAAGCAGAAUAGUUACAUUAUAAAGUUAAAGUAACUCGAAAUUUAGAAACAAAACCAAAGAAAAGUAUAUUAUAGAAAAGGAAAAUUAAAUAUUUGGAACUUUUUAAAAAAUUAUACCACUUUUGAAUAUUGUUUUAACUUGAAAAGUUACUACAUUUACAUUUGCUUUACAUCGGAUAUGUACUAUAUGACUUAUCAAAAGAACUGUUACAACGUAUCAUAUAUCUAUAUUGUCAAUUGUUUAUUCAUGUGAAUUUGUGUUGAGAGUGAAAGGAGUGAGUGUGCAUAUUUUUCUUAUAUUAUCUAUUUUUUUAAACAAUGAAUUAUUUGUUAUUGUUUAUUCUACAACUUAUCGUUAGUCUUUGCUCAAUCUGACAAAAUCCAAAAAGAAUUCAUUACACUCUUUUGAUUAGUUGUUUAGGUCUUUUAAAGCAAAACGUUCCAUUCUCACAAGGAAGAUGUUAUAGGUCAACUUUGAAAACUACCCGUCAUUUUUUCAGACAAUUCGAGGUUGUAAAGGGUUUGUAUAGCGAUGUUAAGACUUUCGAUGCAUUGAGAGAUAGUUUGUAAUUUUAUUUUAAAACUUGUCAAGUAUAUAAUUGUAUUAUGUGUUUAUAUUGGAUUUAAUAAUUCAACCUAGAGUGUUACAUUUAAAAAAGCAUGUUCAAACGUAUCUGUUCACGUUUAGCAAUUCACGAAUUAUCUCUUCUAGUUUUGAACAAAGCAUGACUUACACACUUGAGAGUGUACAUCGGUUUUAAAGUUUGAUCAUUAAAUAUGCAACAAGAACAUCCUAAUGACAUGUACCCCAGUACCUCAACGGAAAGGGAGGAUUUUGACCCUGAUGCCCAGUGGAACAAAAUAGUACAACAUGUUUACAGACCAAAAGAAGAUAUCACCCCUUCAAUGGUGUUUUAUGUAAUUGGUGAUUCCGAUAGCUUCGUUCCAAGUCCUUGGCGAAAGGCGGUUUUUCAAACUGGGCUCAUUGAAGCAGCGAAAGAAGGAGGAGAUACUUGGAUCAUUUAUCGUGGAGAGGAACAUGGGUUGUCAAAAUGUAUCCGGGACGCUUACCGAGAUUACGGAAAUAUGGAAUUCGGUACCAAGAACAAGAAAAGGGGUCUAGAUCACAAGAAACGACACGUGAAGUUAAUCAGAAUUACAGAAACACAAACCAAAGAUGAUCUUGCUCCAGAGCAUUGCCUCUGCCUGAAUAAAAUAAAAGAUGAUGUUUCUGAAGAAAAAAUGAGAGACAAUGCACAGUCUGAAUUUGACUACAGCAUACAACUGCCAGGUGUGGAAAAAGAUAUGAUUACGUUUGCGAAAUUCAUUUCUAAGAAGAAAGACAUAUUUCCCAGUGAAAAGAAGGACUUCAGAAUCCCGGUACCUGUGCCUAUCGCAAUUAUUGUUUGCGAGGGAGACAUUUUCACAAUUGCACAUGUAGAGGGAGUUUUGGAAAUGAAGCUACCAGUAGUUGUAGUGAAGGGAUCUGGAAAAGCCGCAGACCUGAUCGUGGAUUACUUAGAGAAUCCAGAAUCGCUGAAGAGAAAAGCAGGCUCACUACUUGGAAGUCGAUUUAAUGACCAAAACUUCAAAAAAUUGGAGAAAUGCCUUAGAAAAAUAAAAGAGAAACAGAAAUUGGUAAGCUUCUUUGACGUUGACAAAGAUGCUCCUCUGAUGUUUUCGAACACCGUGGGAGAUGCCAUUGUAAACUGUUACGCCAUGGAAAAUAUUCUAAGCAACAAGGAAGAAAACUCUGGAACGGGGAGUGUUUACGCCAAAAGAUCGCCUCAAUAUGACAACAUAUCAUCCAUUGGACGCACAAUGCUAAAUCCAGAUUCGGUCACCCCGCAAGAAAAUCAAAUGGCCAAGGUUCUUAAGAAAUACAAAAACCCCAGGACGAAUGUCUUGAAAUCGACCAUCUUCACGCCCUCGUCAUUGCCUCUGUACUUUUAUUUUGGUUACCAGUUCUUGCAGGAGUGCAAUUUACUGCAGAGUUGUGGUCAUAUACUUUUAUUAGAGGCGCUGAGAUCCAACAGAUGUGACUAUGUGCGGGUACUUCUGGACCAUGACGUAAAACUUAAAAUGAAGGAUUUACCCAAAUUGUAUCGUCGUACAAUAACCUGUACGGGUUGUGAAGAUGAUGGGUGUCUGCACAUGUAUGGGAUUUUGAAGCUAAUUGAUGAAAAAUUAGCAACGGAAAUGUUCCCCAUAAAGGGAGCCAAAAGGAAGGGAGAUGAGAAUGGUCCUAAUACGGUUAACCUGGGAUCGGAAGUAGGAACAUCCGCUAGAAAAUUAUGUCGUAAACUGCUGAAGUAUGAUGAGAAAGGAAACAACGCCAAACCAAAUGACAACUCCGGUGAAAAUGUUGAUAUAUCAGAUAUCCUUCUUUGGUCACUGUUUGCCAACAGAACGGACUUGGCAGAAAUUUGUUGGCUGAGAAGUGAAAACCACUUGUUGACUGGUUUAAUCUCCUCUGCUAUUCUAAAGAAAUUGUCCAGGAAAGCGAAUAAUAUGAAAGAGGAAAGAUUUUCAAGGGAUCUGGAGAACCAUUCCAUGCUAUUUCAAAAACGCUGCUUAGAUUUACUGGACAGGAUGUACGACGAGAAAAUGAAUGACGCCAAGAAACUGAUGGGUUAUGAACGGAAAGUAUGGGGAAUUGAAUCCACUCCUUUGAUGUUUGCCUACGAAAAUUUCAUGUAUGACAUCGUUGCUCACACCUGUUCGCAGAAAAACAUGAAUAGCAUAUGGUACAACGGCUUGCCUCCAAACACCUGGCCAUUUAUAUGUUCUAUCGGAGAGAAGCCAUGGAAGUUUUUCACUGCACCAUUAACGAAAUACGUCUGCAAUUUUGUGAUGUUCUUCAGUAUACUGAUGAUGUACAGUGACUUUGUAUUGACAAGUGUUAGUACUGAGUAUUACGACAACUUCCGAGCAAGAUUUCUGGAGUAUUACGUCUAUUUCUGGGGAGCCGGAGACUUGAUAGAAGAGAUCCUUAGUUGUUUUGGUGGUUUAAAAUUCAAAUCCUAUCGAGGUUUAUCAUCUAGGAUAAAACGGCAUUUCUACAACUUUUGGAACAUUGUCGAUCUCAUUUCGUAUGUUCUGCUUAUUGUGGCAUUGUGUGUGCGUCAUCUCUACCCCUCCACGACGUUCACUAUAGCCAGAAGGAUGUUUUCCUUAUCUCUGCUGGCCAUGUACCUGCGUUUUCUGGAAGUGUUCCUCAUUAACAGACACAUGGGACCAACUCUUAUAAUGAUAAAAGAAAUGUUGAAGGAUUUGCUGAGAUUCUUGGCUUUGACAAUUUUUGUUGUGGUAGGGGUAGGGAUGUAUUAUCAUGCCAACCUGUGGCCGGAUCAUCAGACAAUUUGGAAUGGAAGCUGGACUGAAUGGAGGAUCUGGGACAUCAUUUAUUACCCUUAUUGGCAACUUUAUGGAGAAUCCUACAAUGAGUUUUUGGAAGGAAAGGAUUUAUCAGACUGUUCAAAUGUGACAUCAGUGUGGCAGAAUGAUCCUUCCAAAGAGCGUUGUCCUCAAGAAGACUGGACAGUGUCAGCCAUUUCAGCAAUUUACAUGUUGUUUUCCAAUCUCCUCCUGGUUAACCUCGUUAUUGCCAUGUUCAGCUGCACGUUUGAGCGAGUACAGGAAAACUCUGAGAAACUAUGGCGGUUUCAGAGGUUCACCGUCAUCAUUGACUAUCAAUGGAGAAUACCUUCCCCUAUCAACAUUAUGUUCUUUCCAAUUCGGUUCUAUUUUUACUUAAAGGAGAAACGUGAAGUAAAAUUUUGUAAGAGCAAUAAAGUUGAACAGGGACACGUAGAAGAAGAGAAAGCCGCUGUAUACAGUGUUGCUUUUCAGAAGAUCAUAGCUUUCAGGAUACAUAACAAAAUGUAGAGACCUUACAUGUAGAAGACUUUACCAAAGAAUGUUUAAGACAUUGAGUGAAAAGAAAUAUGAUAGGCGGCAUAUUGAAGAAGACAACAUACUUUGCAGAACAGAAGUUUCAUUUGAUAAACGUUUUAUCAUUAUACAUAAUGAAAAGGUCCCAUCUCUGUUGUCCAUUUAAAGCGAUAUAACACUGGACAUUUGCUGUUAGUUCAUUACUGAACCAUGUGUGAUUUUUUUUUUAGAUAUAUGUUGCAUGUAUUGUGUAAUAACGAUUUCGCUUAUCAGUUAAUAGACGUUUAUUUGUUUCUGUUUAUUAAUUUGCGUGUUUAGUUUUUUGGGUUUUUUUUUUUUUUUUUUUUUUUUUUUUUGUAUUUGUUUUUAAUUUUUGUAUGUUUGUUCUUUUACAGUUUUAACUAAGAAUAGAAUAACGAGUUGCAGAUUAUAUUGUCAUAGUACAAAUAACGUUUCUUCUUUAUUGAUCAUUGUGUGAAAUACGAUAUCAAUUUCAAAUUCAUAUAUAUAGUAUAAGUAAGGCCAAAAUUAAAAAUAGCUUUGUUUCCCGCACCCGACCGACCGUGUGAAAACGUUGCGACCGAAUUUUUUUUUUCUGUCAUUUAACGUUCUUUUUUUUUUUUAAACCGGAUCUUGACCGGAAUCGUUCUGUUUAUUAUUUUGAGCCUUGGAGUUAUUUCCCUUGUACAGAAUUCUGUGGAUAGCCGGAACUACUCGGCCAUUUCCAACACACAAAGUAUGGACAAAAGCGGAGUUGCUCCGAAAGAGAAAUUUUUACGACCAAACAGUCAUAAUUUGAAAACAUGGCGAAGUUCGCCGUGUUUUCUGUCACAAUUUUUAGGGACGACCCUGAGAUCGUAACCAAAACUAUUCGAAAGAUAGAUCUGAGCAAUACAUCGGAAAACAUCCUUUCAUCGUUUAAAUGUUUAUACGAAAUCCGUUUAACAUUAUAAAUUUAUACGCAAUCUUUAUAACACUGUAACGUUAACAAAUAUUUACUACCAUAACUAAAAGUUUCUUAUCGUAUAUGCUUACAAACCCUUACAACAUCUAAACUAACAACAUAUAAAUUUACAAACAUUAAUAAUUAUUAUAUCAAACUUAAUUUUACAGCAUUCUAAUGAACUUUUGGCAUUAAAUAACGUAUGGGCUCAAGAUCACACGGCCUACCAUCUAUACGUGCGCGGUUUCGAAUUCUGCUUACGCCCAAAAAAAAGUCUUUCUUUCUUUCUUUCCCUCCUUUCUCUAUAUAUGAAUACGGAUAUGUCCAUAUGUAUGGAUUACAAUUAUUAUUAUAUUAUGUGUAUAUAUCUAUGCAUAUGUAAAUGUGUGUUUAUAUGUAAAUUAUUAUGCUGUAAUAUCACGGGUAUACAUUAAUUUUAAAAUCAAUUAUUAUAGCCAUUAAUAUAGUCAUUAAUUUAGUCUAUGUCAUACUAAUUUGUUAUAUGAACUAACUCAUUAACUUCUUUUACUUUAUUAUUUUAUUACGAUAUACAUCUUUAGUUUACAUACAUAAUACAUACUAUCGAAUAAGAGUUAGGGAGCCAUGUCGUGCUAUAUUAGCUGGAUCUAGCUACAGAAACAUGGUACAGGGUAUGAGGUGUAGCACCUGAUGAUGACCUCAAAAUUCUUGCCUAAUGACGAUCUCAAAAUUGUUGUAUGGCAUAAUUUAUGAUUAAUAACUAAUAACUAGUAGCACUCUAUUAUCAAAAUUUUCUUUGGCGACCCUAACCUAAUUCUUUUCUGUAUAUAUUUUAGUUAUUUCACAUGUAUAUACAUACCUACAUCCCUAUUACUAUUACCUGUUACUAAUAUUACUAAUUAUUACCUUCUAUUAAAAUCCAAAUAAAUAUUAAAUAUUCUGUUAUUUAUAAAAAAAAAUAUAAUAUAUUAAACAUAAAUUAUUAUUAAAAUUAUUAAAUAAAUCAAAUAAAAAUUAUUAUAAUAAAUUUUCUUUAUCAAUUUUAUUACUCAUUUAUAAGUUACUUCUUUACUUAAUUAUGAUUUAUGACAUAUGACCACAUGUAUGUGUCCGGCCAUCAAAAGGCAGUACCACAGUCAUUAGACGUGUUGGUACACGAUGGUCCUUAUUUAUUUAUAUUUAUUUAUUUUUAAACCAUGCGACAACCCAUACGUCCCAUACGGAGCAUAUGUAUGUUACUACAACACACUUCAACUUCACUAUGUUGAUGCAUUUGGGAGGUGUUGGAGGGUGAGGCUGGAUCGCAAUGAGAUAGAUAGUAUUAUGGCAGAUAAUACAGUCACCAAUCGGUUAACGAUAUAUAGUUAACCAACCCUACGAAUAUCAAACAAACUACACUGUCAUGAAACCAUAUAUGAAUGCUUUGGACAGACAUUCAAUUAGGAAAAAAAAAAUCUACCGACCGACCGACCGACCCAUGUUGAAAAUGGCGGGUCGGGUGCGGGAAACGAAGAUAUUUUUAAGGAUGGCCUAAUCACUUAUUACUUUCCGAGAAAUAUUGAAGUUAUUUAGACAUCCGCAUUUCACAUUCAUUACAGCUAUGGUCUUAAAAGUGGCUCAUGUAUAAAUACAAAGACACAGCUCUGUGAGUGAUACAAAAUGACAGUUACUGUUUUGAUCAUGAUAGUAUACCGAAUAAAACAAUAAAACUUUCACUCACAAUUAAACAGUGAACUUCCAUACACGAUCUUUGAGACUCGGCCCAAGUAUAUCUACAUUCAGGAGUAAAAAAAUGGUUUCGAUGGAUGACCUGAAUUUUGACUUGUAUCAAUCAUAUAGGUUUGACCGUAUCGUAUGCCAUUACAUCUUGUACAUACAGUUAAGAAAUUGUGAUAGAAUAGCGCUGCGGACACAUAAAACAAUGUCCCACAUAGGCAUAUUAGUUAGUAAGUAAACUACAUCCCUGAAACGUUCCUAUUUCUCACUUGAACGGUGAGCGAACGGUGAACGCACGGUGAGCGAACGGUGAACGAACGCAGAGCGAACGGUGAACGAACGCAGUGAACGGUGAACGCAAUUUGGUGAGCGGACGGAGAGCGCAGAGUGAACGGUGAACGGACACUGAACGCAAAAUUAUCUAUUUACUCGGAAUGUUUCGAAUUUUUCCCUGGGAUUUUACUUAUUUCAUAAUCAAGUAAUAAAAUACAUGUACAUUUUAUCAAUUAAUAAAAAAAAUAAUAAUAAACCGGAAUCAUGGUACAGCAUAUUUUACAGUUCUGGAUAUAUUCAAUGUAGUAUAUUUUUGUACAGGUACCGAAUACACAUGUAUAUAUUUCAUGAAAUUAUCGCAAAUUGUACAUUAAUACAUGCAACAGUCAUACACAAACAAAAGCAUUUUUUAAAUGUACAUUGUGUAUACCAUUACAUGUACAGAUACAUUUAAUGCAUGGGUAUAAUAUAUAAACAAUGCAUGUGAAAAGGAAAACACUAUAGUCUACAUGUGUAGUGACAUCCAGAAUUAACGAAUGCUGGACAACUCGCCCCCUCUUAGGACAACUCGCCCUCUCUAAGGUCAAUUCGCCCCCUUCUCGUGAGACAACUCGCCCCCAAUAUUAUAUAUAAAUAUAUUAUCACAUUUUAUUUUUUUAUUUUGUGUGUGUGUUUUAUUUACACUUUUAAACCUAUAAAGAUACGUUUUUUUUCUUUCAUACUUUAACACGAAUGGUAAAUUCCAAUAGAAUUAUACACAUAUUUAAUUAUUGCAUUUCAGAAAAAGUUAUAUUUUUCAUAAAUCAAUUGGCAAGGAAAAUUAUAUUUACUGAUCUUCAGGUAAUUGAUUAAAUGUCUCUAAUACUGAGAACAUUUUGAGGGUGUGUUUUUUUUUAUCGAUAUAGUAUAUAUAAGUGUAAAGGUGAAGCAUGAAUAUUCUGAUACAUGUAAUUAUCUUUUAAUGGAUUUCUCAGCUAAUACCCGUUGAAAAAUAAUAAAAUUCCUAUUUUAGAAAUUUAAUAACGGCUUUGCUUUACUGAUUCUUUUUACGCGGUGUGAUUCUUUUUACGCGGCGAUUUCAAAGUGUAAAGAACUUUGAUGAUGAUCGAGUAACUCAUAACGUUUGAAGUAAAUUUAUAACAGCUUGGGGGAAAUGAAACAAUUAGAUUUAACAACAGACGCAGAUUAUUGAUAAUUAUACUACGUUAGCUGUAGACCAAGCUAAUACUCUCCCUAUACCAAACGUUAACUUGUUUCCCCUGAAAUUAUAUAUUUUACAUGUACAUAAAUGUGAUGAUGAAUUUACUAAACCCAAACACUGGAUUUUCACUAAAAUCUUUCGUCUUGCAUUAAAAGACACGAAGUUCGGUGUUUAUGUAAAUAUGUCCUAUUGUCUGAGAUGUAUAUACUAUCUAUAAGAAAUUCAUUAGUUUUUGCCAUUACACCUCUUAGAUUUAGACCAAAAAUAAUAAUUGUAAACAUGUAUGAUAUGAAGGAGCGAAUUAUCUCAAGAGAGGGGGCGAGUUGUCUUAAGGGCGGGUUGUCUUAGGGGCGAUUUGUCCCGAUGAAGGGGAGAGUUGUCUUGAGGGCGAGUUGUCUUGGGGGCGAGUUGUCCUGAUACCGAAUUAACAGGUGUUCAUGUGUGGCUUCAAACUUUACAAGCUCGAUCGUUUCGGAUACCUGUAAUUAACAAACACCCCCGAAAGGAGUCAAGAUAGAUGUAGAUGCAGUAAACAAACAAUACGGACGGCAUACACUGUGUAAACACCUCAACACUCCUAACAGUAUUAACUAUUCCUACUUACAUUUUGUGUCAUUCAUUUGUCACAGUUACAUCGACCCGAAUAAAUAAUCCUAGAAUUGAUGCACAUGUAAUUACAAAAUUUACUAUUUUUAUUAUUUAUGUGACCAUAGAUUGCAGUUAGAUUGUGCAAUAUUUGUAUAUAUUUGAUGUAGAUAAAACUGUGUAUUAUACUGAACUACCUAUAGGAUGUUUAAAGGCUAAUGCAGAAACGGACAAGAUAAACAAUUACAUCUUUGCAUUAGGGACAGAUGUUACAAACAUUUCAAAUUUGGUAAGAGUAGUAAUGACAAUGUAUUUCAUAAAUAUAGGCAUAAAAAUAGCUAUAUCAGUUUGACAUUCUGACACAUAUAUAUGGUACAAUGCACAUUAUGUAGCAUCGUUUGUUUGUUUGUUUUUAUUUUUCAAAGUAGGGGGAUCGACUUGUUUGAAACUCUUGUCAAGCAAUGCAAAAUAAUUAUUAUAAUUUGUGCCCGAACUUGUAAAUGCUAAAUCGUGAACACAGGGGAAGUUUUUCAUUACCUAAAACUGCCUUAUUUUUUGUAUUUGGGUUAAAUUCAUAACAAGCUCUUAUAUUCGUCUCUCAUUUAGUAUUGUUUUUAACAAAAGCUCAAAUGAACUUUUUGGCAUUCACAGUGGACAAUCUUGACAUUUUGUACUUCAAAAUUAAAUUUCUGAUAUAGUAAGAAAGUAUCCUUCCACUCUUACGCACACGUUCAAUUUUCAUUUUCGCCUUGCUAUCAAGAUUGGUUCUUUCACUUUGGUGUUCAGAAUGACAAUGAAAAAACUGAACGAUGAACGAACGGUGAGCGCACGCUGAACGCUUUGUGACCGGUGAACGAACGGUGAGCGCACGCUGAACGCAAAACUGUGAACGGAGAGCGCACGGUGAACUCACGGUGAGCGAACGGGAAAUUGUAAAGUAGAACGUUUCAGGGACUGCAUUCCUAGGGUCGUCUAACUAUUCUGGGUCCAAUAAAACAAUUAUUUAAUCACUUUGAACACGUGCUGCAUUAAUAUAUUUGCAGAUUUGUUUCAUUUGAAAGUGGCUUUCGGUAGAAUUAUUAUUUUUAGAUCAAGAAUAUAUUUUUGAUAUAUAUCAUGUACAUUUUUUUUAACUCUCUUCUUUGUUGUUGUCCAUACAAACAAGUGUGCGGAAGUGGGUAUCGAAAUAAAGUGAUAUUUUCUGUGUUUUAUAUCAAAUAUUUCUUCACUUAGGACAGUUAUCACUCAAAGUCAAUAAAAGCGUGCAAUCAAUGUCGCCGGUACUUUCUUAGAAAAUAAGCUAUAUCAAAUCAUAUAUUUUGUGUGCUAUACAUUCAUGGACCCAUAGCCUCCCUAGACAUGGUAUAAUUUUUAUUUCCCCUUUACUUAUAAAUUUGGUUGGAAGCGUAGAUACCCUAAUUUUGUAACAUACUUGACUGUCGCCGACUGAAAUUUUGAAAAUGAACAAACAAAUAUAAAAAGCUGAUAGGGUGUUUUUUUUAAUUUUCUUUGCGUUAAUAUCAUUUGUAUUUCCUAAAUUUUCAUUCAAUAAAAGUUUAACAUCUUCUGCGUAUGAUUUUAAGCAGUGGUGUACAUAUUACUCCAUGUCGCCAGAUUGUAUUAUGUGAUCAUAGGGUCAAUUAAACACCCAAUGUAUGGACAAAGAUUUCGUAUUAUCUUUAUGUUUUUUAUCUAUUUUGGCACAAAAAUAUUCAAAAACGUUGGGAAAAUAUUCAUCAAGCGAUAUUUGGAUGUGGAAUUGAGAAAAAAUUAUCAUUAUUCUCAAAAUUUUGCAUUUCGAUUUUAGAAAUGUAACAUACGAUACAAUAAACUUUUUAUGAAAAAACGUAUUUGCAGAGCAAAUGUUACCCCUUUUAUGAAAAUCUCGUAGUGUACAGAGAAUAAAAAUAUAAACAUUUCUUUUGCAGAAGUCAUUGGUUGGUCUGAAAUUUGACAAACGCGUCAAGAUGUAACAUUCGCGAUGUAACAUUCGUUACCGAUAAAUUAAUGAAAGGGAAUAAUAUAACAAUUUCCAGCGUAUUUUUGCUCUUUGUCUGCAUGAUGUGGUAUAUGACAUGAACGUCUACUAUGAACAUUUGAGUUUGAAAGUCAAUACGUGUUAAACUUUGAGAAUUAAGAUUAAUUUUCUCUUACGGUAAGUACUGUUACAACAACUGCAAUGUUUGAUAUACAAUAUUGAUUAAGCAGAUGGAAUGUUUUGGUCUGAAUUUGUUCUUCUGAUAUCAAAGAAUGUAUAUCGUAUUCCAAGUAUAUCGAAAUUCCUCUGGUGUAAGAAUUACAUUGAGUAGAACUCUGGUAACAUACGUUACUCAAAGUAACGUAUGCUACUUAAUGAAAUGCUUGAUUAGACAUCAAAUAUUGAACUACAUAUUGACAAAAUAUCAUCAUUAACGAUGUUUGUUGAAUAUCAACUAUGUUAUGAAGAAACAAAUGUGUUAUUGUUCCCGUAUUCACUAGCAUAGACAGAUAUCCUCUGCAAGAAAUACAGGCCAUGUUUUUCUCUGCCACUGUCCUAUUUAUGAUACAUGUAACUAUGCAACUCUAUAUUUAUUAAUUUGCUAGAAUUCAGCAACUUUUCAUAACAUAUCUUAGAAAUGAAGGGAUUAAUCCUUGAUAAUUGUUCUAUGCAAUCUUAUAGAGAAAUCAUUAAAAAAAAAUUUUUUUAUCUGAGUGUAACGUAUGUUACCAGAAAUUCCGUUACGUAAUAUCUUUCUACUUGUGUUUUU